UAUUGACAUAAAUGGAAAACUAGUCACCGGAACAAUAAGAGAAUACUAGCCGUGUAUAAAAACAUCGGCUACCAUAGUUGUAAACAUAGCUCGAUAUAAAGGCGCGUGUUCGUACACUUUAGUGCUGAUUCGACCGUAGAAUAGCUACUAUGGGUGCUUGUGCGAAGUUCAUUGUGAUCCUACUUAUUAUGCACAUCUGUUGUAUGCUGAUCUGCAGCGCCAAGUCCUGUCAAAGUAACCGCAUGAAAGGGUGCGCAACCAACGCUGAACGUUGUAAAAGAUGUCACAAGUCUAACGUUAAUACUGAAGCAGAAAAGAACCAAACACAUGCGAAACGGGACACUUCUAGAAUAGAUCGACCACAAACAAAGUCUGACGACAUGGUCAAAGGGACUUACAGAAUCAUUGAUAACGAAAUCUCAAAAACAGAUGAUACCAACAAACGAGAUAGCUCAGAAACUGAGACACAGACAUCAGUUACUCUUAUAUUCUUAAAUGCAUCUUACAAAACAGAAGUUACUACUUUAGAAACGCAGAAUUCAGAAGAAAACUCAUCUACAGAAGAAAAAAAGACAGUACAGCCUACAUCAUUGGUACAAGAACAAACGACAAACAAUUUAGUAUCUAAGAAACCAUAUAGUAAACCUACACGAAAAGAACCAUGUCAGAGAGGUAUACUUGACUUGCUCCUCCCAGCAGAAAGAGUGCAGAUAUUUAAGUCAUAUUUCAAUUCUUUCAAAAGGUUUUUAUCAGCAACAUUUUAAUAUUACAAAAGGAGAUGGUAAUACAACAGUCAGUAUCAAAAGUAACGUGUCAUUUACUAAUACCAUAACGAAAAAACUUGGUUUACUUCUUUAAAAGAGAAACGCAACCCAGACGCCACGAGGAGGCCUCCAGCCCCCGCCCACCUGGGGGAGCAUACACCUGCUGCGUGUGUGGACGUUGGAUCCUUUCUCGUAUAGGGCUAUACAGCCACUAAUGCAAGUGUCCUUACCAGGAUGCUGCGUAAAGCAUCUCUCACAGAAAGGCAUCUUAUAUAUAUAACCAAAAAAUAUAUCUUUGUAUAUGUAGAACAAUAAAUUUGUUGCAGGUAGUUUUGAACGCAAACUGUAGAGAUAUAUCACGAAAGUAAACGUAUUUGAGGAUGACGGAUACUUUUGACGCGUUGUUUCAUCCCGUACUUUUGAUGCUAACUGUACACUGUACCUACUAUUAAGAUGUACCUAUUUUUGGUGUGGAGUACAAUGUUCGAACUUUGUGCUUUAAACUAAUAAGCAAUGAUUGAAAAAGUUUAAAAGUGUCAGAGAGAAAUUAUAAAAUAAAUAAAUAGAAAGAGAUAAAUAGCUAGAUAGAGAUAGAUAGAUACAUACAUAUGUAUAUACAGGACACUGAUUACACAUAUUGACAAAAACCAUGAGAUUGAUAUUGAGUGUGGGACUUAGUCAAAUUGUGUAAUACUUAAUGUCCUAUAAUAUGUAUUUAUUGAAAGUUUUUCAUUCUAUAAUAUGUAUUUAUUUUAACGAGUCUAUUAUAUUAUAUUUGUUACGUUAUCAAUUAAAUUUAUAUUAAAAAUU